AUGGACGACAAACCUCCAAAAAAAGUUCAAAAGAAUCAAAAAUACGUUUGUGCAAUGUGCUUGAAUAAUCGUGUAGAAGGGAAAUCUAGCGAGUGUUGCAGGAAAAUUCCGAAAAGUUGCCCUAUAUGCAUAAAGUCAAGGGACUGCUGUGUCAGUGAAGGUAAAAAAGAUAAAGAAACGAAGGAUAAGUGCGUCCCAAGUAAGGACCCAAAUGCAAAAACGGUGCAAACUUCAGACACAAACGUUGCACAAGGCCUGAGCCUACUAAAUGAAGUUCUAACCGUAUUUCAAAAUAAAAAAGUCGAUAUGAAUAAAGAGAAAGUCAAAUCCGGCGUCGUCCUAAAAGACGCAGCGGUUGCAACAGACGAUCGGUAUAAUGAUAAAAACAUAAAAGAUCGAACCAGACUCACAGUUAGCACGUUCCAAUAUUCUAUAGAGGAAUCGAAAAAAGUUCAUCACGAAACUGGAAGGUUCAUUAUAGUGAACGCCAGCCAACCAGAAGUGGUAGGUAGUCGGAACUCAGUAGAUUUGAUCAAACACAAAUCUUCCUCAAUACCGCAAAUGAAGUUGGAAGAAUUAAAGUAUUCGCUUAAAGCGAAAACGAGGUCGAAAGACGCGAUCGAGGAGGUAAACAGACUAUUUGCUACCGUCCGAAAGCCUAGUCCGAAAAAUUCUGACAUGUCUAACCGUCCGAUGGUGAGAAAUGGUCCAAGAGUCUUACCGGUUGUGAACAACAAUUUCAACACAACCACGGAACCAUACAAAAGGGAUUUUGGCUAUGCAUGCGAUAACUCUCAGAACAGUUCUUGCAAAGUUUGCCAAACUUGCAUGUCCAGUGGCGACUCUAAUAGUAAAAAUGAGUGUAGCCACUCUGAUAAACAGAAGUGUGACAAGUGCGUUUAUAUGCUGUGUUGCCAUUACGAGAAUAAACGUAAAGUACAGACUGGGGUGUUAAUUUGUGAUCACUGUAGAGAACUGAACGAAGAGUAUGGUGGCCACCACAGCUGUAUGGAAGACGGUGUGUAUCAUUAA